AUGACUCUGUGGGGAAACAUGGUUUCGUUCCUGCGAGGAGAGACCGGGGAGGUGGUUAGAGAAGGAAAGAAACCAUGCGCAGCCCCGGGGUGUGAGAGCGGGGCAGGGAAACGGGGACAGCCCGGCUCGGAGAUCGGUGACAGCCCGGGCCAGGGGAUCGGGUACAGCCUGGGGAUCGGGGACAGCCCGGCUCGAGGAUCGGGGACAGCCCGGGGCUGGGGCUCAGGGACAGCCCGGGGAUCGAGGACAGCCCCCGGGGUCGGGGACAGCCCGGGGCUGGGGAUCGGAGACAGCCCGGGACGGGGGAUCGGGGACAGCCCGGGGAUCGGGGACAGCCCGAGCGAGGUUAACUCAGGACAAGAGUCUGCCUAG